AUGCCGUCCUACAACAACACCGACGCCAGCUCGUCAGCAUCCACGAGCCCAACCGGUUCCUUCGACUCUCAGCAGAAGCCAAAGAGGGCCAGGACCAGUAAACCGAAAGUCAAGACGGGAUGCAACAAUUGCAAGCAGCGGCGCAUCAAAUGCGACGAGAAACGGCCGUCUUGCUCCCAGUGCAUCCGUUCCAAGAAGACCUGCGCCGGCUACCCGCCUCCCAGCCGCAGCGCAAGACCCCACGAGGUCCUCGCCAUUGCUCCAAAACCCCUCGCUCCCGCCCAUGAUGGUGUUGUUGCACCUCUGCGGACGUCCUCGAUCGAGGGGCUGCCUCCCAGAAGGCAACAAAAAUUGCAGGCUCGCCGUCUGACGCCCCCGCAAACCCCGGCCCCCCCUUCCAUGGUUACCUGGUAUCGGCCGGCGAACAACCUCCAACUGACACCGCAGGAAGGCCUUUACUUCCAACUCUUCCGCUCCCACACCGCCAACGAACUCUCCGGCUACUUUGACUCGGUCUUCUGGACUCGGACCGUCUUGCAAGAAUGCCACUCCGAAAACGCCAUCCGCCACGCCGUUGUCGCGCUCGGAGCCCUCUACAAGACCCUUGAACAGACGCACGAGUCCCCGCCGGGCUCGCCGUCCGAGUUGAUGAGUCCCGUGGACAGAGCAAACCGGCACUGGGAAGUGGCGGUAAAACAGUACUCGGAGGCCAUCAACGCACUUGUCCACCUCCGCCAGGACCAGAAGUCCCAUCGGACGCUGCUCAUGGCCAGCGUGCUUCUCGCCUGCUUUGAUUCCUUCGUCGGCGACCACAGGCAGGCGAUACUACAGAUUCAAACCGGCCUCGGCUUGUUGGAGAAGCUCAGGGAGGAGAGGAGAAGGUCGUUUUUGCCCAUUUCCGAGGAACCCGUCGAGGAGGAGCUCAUCACCAUGUUCACCAGACUUGCCAUCCAGGCCAAGUCGUACGACAUGGCCUUCCAUUUCCCCGAGCCUUACGUGAUCAGACUGACCCCGCAAACUCCCGAGCUCCCCCAAUCGCCACCCUCGGACGCCGGCAGCUCGCCGUCAACCACGAGCUCGGUCUCGGUGCCUGACCAGUUCUCCAAUCUGAUGGAGGCCCGCAUCGCCUGGGACAAGCUGCUCGAGAAAAUGUUUCGCUUCACGGAAACCUUGUUCGUCUACCAGAAAUCCACGGGCGCAAACGGCCCGAUGGGCAUCCUGCCGAAAUCCCUCAAGCAAUACGGAAUGAGCUUCAAAGGACAGCUGGACGCAUGGUCCGAGGCCUUCGACUACCUCCUCGAGUCUCGCACAGCCCCGGGUGUCAGUUUCCAGGAGAAAGCGGGCAUUGCGGUCCUGAAAAUGUUCCAAAUCAUGAGCCAAAUCCUGUUCCUCAUGACAUACAGCGACAGCGAGUCGCAGUUCGACGUGUUCCAGUCCCACUUCAAGGCCAUUGUCGACCUUGCCUCCGAGGUGGUGGGUGACGAGGAAAGACGCGCGGCGGUCAAGAGGUGUCCCAACCCUAACCAGUGCCCCCACCGACACAAUCAUACGCCCGACAUCUUCGGUGGCCACGAGUACAACACUUACCACAUCAAGCCAAGCUUUAGUGCCGACCUGGGCAUCGUACCGCCCUUGUUCGUGGUUGCGACCAAAUGCCGUCAUCCAGUUAUUCGACGGCAGGCCAUUCAGCUUCUCAGGAGUAGCGCCCGUCGGGAGGGUAUGUGGGAUAGCGAGCUUACGGCACGCAUCGGACAGUGGGUUACAGCAAUCGAGGAAGAGGAGGAUAGGUCGGCGCCAUCGCCCGAGUCGCCGGCCAGCUUGGCAAAUGGCAAUGUGAAGCGGGGGUCGGUAGAUUUCGGCGAGGGCACCCCUCUGGGGCCCGGCGGCAACGCUCGCUGGGAUGUGCGAAGGGACAGCGUCAUCCCUGGCCAGUACAAAACGAAACGGUCCGUCCCGGAGGAAAAGCGCGUCAUGGUUCGGGCGGUAGACUUCGACCUCAGAGCUAGGUUCGCCAGCCUGCAGGUUGGUACUCGAGGCAUCAUUACCGGCAUGCCAGACAUGCGGUCUAGGGUUACCCAGAUAACGUGGUAG